AGAAAAAGAAUAAGGGAAAGGGAACUCAUCUUUGCGGCGGUUGUGUUUGUCCUUUCGGCCAUUUACUUAUAGUAUUUAUUUAUUCAAUUAUUUAUAUACUUAUCAAAGCAUGGCUGACACGAUGCAAGUACCUGUGCAAGUGAUGAAACCCGAGUGCAUUAAACAGGAGGAAAGAAGCAUGGGGCCUGGCAUGUUGGCUGCUCAGCGUAUGAACAAUAUGCAUGGACGCCCACGAGGCAGACUACCGAGAACAAUACAUCGCCCUACACCUGCAGAACUGCCUUUGGAAGAGGCAGCAAAACGGGAGAUGCAGGCACUUCCCUCCAAAACACCAGUGUCUGUACUGCAGGAGCUGCUCAGUCGCAGAGGAACAACUCCAAAGUAUGAGUUGGUUCAGGUGGAGGGAGCCAUUCACGAGCCGACUUUCCGCUACAGGGUCACCGUCGCAGAUGUCGUAGCAAUGGGUAUCGGCCGGUCUAAAAAGGAAGCCAAGCAUGCAGCAGCAAAAAAUGUUUUGGACAAGUUGAUUGGAAACACUGACCCUAACAUGAUGAAUUCUAUGUCCAACUCCAUUAAUGACCAGUUAUUGACUGGCAACAUGGUUUCCCCAUACGAAGACAAGAUUGGCGGCAAUCCCAUCGGGCUGCUACAGGAACUGUGCAUGUCUCGGCGUUGGCCACCUCCCACCUACCAGACGGAGCAUGAGGAGGGACUGCCUCAUGAGAGACAAUUCACCAUCGCUUGUGUCGUCUUCAAGUUUAAAGAGAUUGGAACUGGCAAAUCCAAAAAGUUGGCCAAACGUCAGGCAGCCAAUAAAAUGUGGAACAAGUUGAAGGAUAUCAAUGUGGAAUCCAACAAUAUCUCAUUCAAUCUUGAAGAUGAAGAGGAGCUUACACAACGCGUAUCUCAGAUUGGUCUUGAGUACGCUGAUCUGAAAGAGGCCAAAAUCUCAACUUUGACAACUGCUCAUAGUCACAAGGUCUCCCAGUUUCACAAGAAUCUCAAAUCAUCCUAUGGUGAAAAGCUGAGUGAAUUACAGACUGUAGUGCUCAGGAACCAAGGGUUUAACUUUGUCCAGUUUCUACAGGAGAUAGCUUCAGAACAGCAGUUUGAGGUCACUUAUGUCGACAUUGAGGAAAAGUCUGUUUCAGGUAAAUACCAGUGCUUGGUACAGCUGUCUACUCUACCAGUGGCUGUUUGUCACGGCUCAGGUACAACUUCCAAGGAGGCACAGACCGCGGCCGCCCACAACGCUCUGGAAUAUCUCAAGAUCAUGACCAAGAAAUGAAGAGACAACGGACGAGCAGACACGGUGGUGACACUGAAAUAUCGUUUCUGCGACCUCGGAAAGUCAAACUUUGCCCACUUUCAUAGAUUUCUCGAGAUUUCAGAAAUAAUAUUUGUUUGUCUUGCACCAGUCUGAGCGGUCACUUGGGCUUUAAACACGUCCUUUACCAAAGGACUUAAGAAUUCUUUCCCCUGAAAAUAAUUUUUCCAUUUGCUGUUAUUAAGUGUACACACUGAGCUUUGCUUGUAGGUGUUUAUCCCUACCACUUUGGUAGAUUUUUUAUGUAACGGGGAAAAAUAAGUUUUCAGGGUAGGGCCACCUUGGACAGUCAUUUUAACCUUUAACUCACUACUUAUUAUUUAGGCAGUAAAUUGUUAAAUUCACUUAUUGUGAGAACAUACCUACGAAUAAGGAUAUUUUAUUUUGUAGCUAGUCAUUUUGUGAUAUAUUAUCCGGUUAUGAUUGAAUUUAAGCGUGCCGAAUCUCGAAUUCAAUUUUGAGUCUUUAAAUUGAGUAUCCUUCACAAAUUUUACUGGCAAGUAACUGUAUUUUUAAUCAAUCCUAAAAUAUUGUAUUUAUUUUCAACCAAUUACUGAAACACACCAAAAUCCUCAUAGUGUAGUAGUAGGUACUUAUCUUUUAUCCUAAUCACCAUGCUUAAAUAUAACCCAUAGCACAAGGCAAAUAAAACAAUAAAUAAUAAACUGCUUUGCUUAACUUGGAUUUUGUAUUUAAUAUCCUCAAUUUGGCUACGUUUAACCUAUCCUACUCUGAUGUUACUGAUAUCAGUUAACACAAUCAGCUUAUUCAGCACAUGGUUGAUUAACAAAAUUUUUAAGAAGGUAUUUCAAAAAACAACUAAAAAUCUGUAUUGCCUUUGAAUUAAAUUUUCAUUGUCCGUAUUCUGCUUGUAGGUUAGUCUCAAGGCUUGUUCAGAUUCCAUUUGAUUUACCGUUUAAAUUAAACGAGGAUUUGGGAUGUGUAAGCUUAAAAUAAGAUUUGAGAUUUGACUCUCAAAAUUCGAUGAAUUUGAGAUUCGGCUCUGAUCUAUCACUUGUAUUAUCCCUUUGUGUAUGGUGCCUCAUUUCCCUUGAGGCCCUAUUUAUAAUAAGUUUAUUAUCAGCAAUUGUUUUCCUUAAUGGCGGGUCUAUUAACUUGGUUAAUUUUUUCAAACAUUUUGUAUUUAAUAUUCAAUUUUGACACUUCUUGUUUAGCUGUAGUAAAACUCAUUUGGUAAAUACACUGAUAUGUAUCUAGUUUAUUAUGCUAACAUAAUAGAUUUUCAUUAGUCAUUAUACCAAGUGUUUACCCUUUUUCUUCCACCAUGUUUUUAUACUUAGUCAUGGAAACUGGUAACAUGAUACUAUUUCCUUUAUUAGCACUUACAAAAGACAUGUUUGGUUUAAAAAAGAACAUUUUUAAGUUCAGUUAAAAUUUUGAAAUCUACUUUGUGAGUUAACGAGGAUUGAAUUUUCUUUUCAAGAUGGUCCAAAGUUUGCAAGCAAUGCCGUCGAAUUUCAUCUACAAGCUAUACUUUGCAUAGAACUAGUGGAAUUUUCCCUUUCUCUCAAAUAGAGGGACACUACCAGAAAAUUGCAAAAAAGGGAGAGAAUGCAAACUUUUAUUUAACCAUACUUCUUUUUUUGUGUUUUUAUAUUUUUUGUAGUUUUCCUCUGGUGAGCAUAGGUUUUAGGACCGAAUAUUUGGAAAAUGGGCAUUAUUUUAAUGCAAAGUAUAGAGGUUGUAAUCUUAACAUAAUAUUUUAGAUCUAGGUGUCUUAGUGUUGUAGAAGAUUUAUUUAAAAUGUGACACAAAAUAAUUGUAACUUAGUUUAUAUUAAUAUGAUCAAACACUAUCAUAGUUGUAACAUUAUACUCAGAUUUAAAACCAAUAUAACUGCUAUUUCUUUUGUUAAUGCCAGACAGAAUUAGUUUGUGUUUAUAUUUUUAAGAAAAUUGUAGGCCUACUAUAUGAAAUAUUAUAGUUCUAAAAUGUACCGUGUUAGUUUUCCUUUUCAUUCAAUAAAUAGGAUUUAUCAUCUCAACAUUUUUGUGUGUAAUACUCAGAUUAUUUUAGUCAUAUGGGCUGUAAUGCGUUGAGAACACUAAGUGUGUUUGAAUAAAUAGUUCUCAUCACA